AUGCGGUCGGAUCUUCGGACGGAGCAACGUAGAACGGAUCAGGUCGAUGAGGACGACGAGCUUGACGAGAAAGAUUCGUUUCCUGGAGAUCUCGAUAAGUCGCCUGAUCCGAAUGAUCGGAACGGUCAGAACAGUCAGACUGAUCUAGAUGAUUCCAACGAUCAGCAUGAAGGACGAGAAGUUACUCUAGAUGACGAGCUCGGCGACGGUCAAGAACCGGGGGAAACCGAGACUGAUCAGGAGCAGGACCCGGAGCAAGGCAGCGAGACAGACCCCGAGUUCUCGUCCGCGUUAGAAGACGCGCUCCAGCACGAAGACGUAUCGUCGACCGUGCUUCUUUCACACAGGUCGUUCGCGUUCCUGUCACGGACACGUGGCCGACGGUCAUUGGUGGGGGACAUUCAGCCAUGGCUCCUGAGCAAGCGAGCAGCCUGGCGCGCGAGGCAGAGAGCCAAUCGACUGGGCUGCCUCGUGUCUCCUAUCUCCCCAACCAUCUCCUCCGCCUCGCAACUCGACCUUAUAACGAAGGGGGCUGAAAUUGACGCGCUCUCUCCUCCGCCUGCUGGCAUUCGCCGUAGUCACAGCAUCAGCGAGACGAGCAAGUCGGAACUGCAUCCCUUCCCCUGCCCGCAGUCACAUGGCUCUGGCUUCGGAUGUUCUUGUAACGGUGCCUUGGCUAUCCGGCUCCCCGAUUCUUACGACCCCCAACUAGAGAACGAUAAGGCCGGGAAGAAGUCUGACGAAGCUGGGUGGAGAAGCUGCGAGGCUCGGCGAAGCAAGACGCAGCACGAGCAUUCCGAGGCUCGGAGCGAGCGACAAGGCUCAUGGCACGGGUACAGAGUCGGGGACUGGAAGCAGCAGCUGGCGCAGGCUGCUGAGCUGGACGUACGCGUGGGACGAUUUGAUUGGUCGGACCUGGUGGCCCUCUACCGUACAGAAGUGGGAGGAGAGGGUAGCUCGGCUGUUGCAGGAGGAGGAGGAGGAGGAGGAGGAGGAGGAGGAGGAGGAGGAGGAGGAGGAGGAGGAGGAGGAGGAGGAGGAGGGGAAGGGCAGUCAGAUGCACCUGUGAUGGAGAAGAGUGGUAGUGUGGAGAAGAAGCACGAAGCUGGACCAAAGCAGGGCGAACUCGGUCACGAAAGACCAGAGGAGGAAGCCGGGAUGAGGAUGAUCGAGGGAAAGCCAGGCGCGCCUCAAAUGCUUCAAGGCGCCCCUCAAGGCAGAGAUAACAGAGGACUAGAAACUUCUAGGAAGGAACGGCUAGGAGAAGGUGAAGGAGGAGGGGUGGAUCCUCAGCCACGACUGGCAGCAGCGUGCAUCAAAUUCGCGGGGUCGCGCAUUGUGGUGCAGUCUGAGCGAUUUGGAGCAGAGCUGGCCAUGCACCUGGGCAUAGCCACGCCCCAGGUGCGCGUGGUGCACCGGGGGAAUCACGGCAGAAGCAGCACACACAGCAGCCCCGUGCUGUGCAGCGCCACCAACACCAACAGCACCAGCGGUAGCGGCGCUACGGGAAGGAGGAGGGCGACGGUGGCAGGAACCAGUGGUGUGGCGUCUCUGGGUGGUUUUGAUUCUGCCGCUGGCGCUGGCGCUGGCGCUUGCAGUGACGACCGAUUUGCACUGGAUAAAGAGAACCAGCAGCAGGGGAAUCUAGGUCGAGUAGACAGUUGCGGUCUGGGCCAUGAUCUGGCUUUAUCAGCGCAUGAGCUUGCUGUGAAGCAGGGUCGCGAGUGGGAGGAGGUGGUGUUGGCAGUGGAAAGACUGAGGGAGAGAGAGGUGGAGGCGAGAGGGGAAGGGGGUAGGGGCGGGAGAGGGGAGGAGGGGGACGGGAGGGAUGGUGGAGCGGAGGAGGGAGGGAGUGUGGAGGAAAGGAGGGAGAGUGGAGGGAAGGAGGAGGCGAGUGUGGUGGAGGAGUUUCUGGAAGCCCUGCAGCUGAGCCGAUGCUUCUUGUUCAUGGGUGACAAGAAUCAGAAUCUGGGAAAUCAGGGGAAUCAGGGGAAUCAGGUAAAGCAGCUGCCUGUGGGGCAGGAGGGAAAGCAGCUGCGCGUGGGGCAGGAGGUGGUGGUGAUAGACUCGUCCAUCUGCCGGCGAGUGCCACCCGGGCUGGCAGAGCAGGACAGGGACGCCAUUCCCCGCCUCGUGCAGCUGCUGCUCCACGACCCCUGCUUCGCCGCCCACACACUCUUCCACGCCUCCUUUGGCGCCCUGGGCGAGCAGCAGAAGCAGGAUAAGCAGGAGAAGCAGGGCGAAUGGGGCGAGCAGCACAGGCAGGAGAAGCUGUGCAUCUUGGGCGACUUGGGUAAGGUGGGCGAGGUGGGUGGGCCGCGUGAGGGGUUGGAGAUGAAGAUGACUCUUGGUGGGCCCGCGCACAAAGCUUCAGAAGACAGCUGCUUGGCGUCAUCGUCGUUUUCAUCCUCGCUAGAGUCAUCCUCGUUUGGCUCGUCCUGCACCUCCUCGUCCUCCUCGUCUGGUGCUACAGGUGCUCUUACAGGUGAUACCAGUGCUGAUGCCCCUGCUUCUGAUGAUUGUAUUCAGCCUGUUCACAGUCACGCCCAGUCUCUCCCUGCACUAGAAAGCUCUGCUCAUACCACGGAGCUUAAACCCGCCCCUACAUUGCCGAGAAGCAACAGUUCCUCCCCCACUGCGGUUACUACUACAACCAGCAUCACCAGCAGCAUCACUACCACUGCCACCGUCACCGCAACCACUGCUACCAUCAACACUGAAUCUGCUGUCAAAAUCAUCGCCGAAUCCAGCAGCAGCAGCUGCAGCAACAGCAGCAGCAGCAGCAUGUUAUUUCAUCCCUCCGGAAUGGUACAGCUAGCAGCAGCAGCACACCCCAUCGUGACCCCAGAAACGCGUGCCUUCCAGCAGGGGUUCCGGGAGGCAGUGGAGGAGAUGGGGCGGGUGCAGCGCAUGCUGGCAGUGUCCCCAGAAACUCGCGCCUUCCAGCAGGGGUUCAGGGAGGCGGUGGAGGAGAUGGGGCGGGUGCAGCGCACGCUGGCAGCGCUGCACUCGCGGCUGGACGACAUGCUCCGCGCCUUCCUCGCGUUUGUCACGUCUGUGCCUGCACUCGACGGGCCAGGGGAGGGCGGACGAGGCAGGGAGGGCGGGCGAGGUGGAGAGGGUGGGGAGAGUGGGCGAUGGGGGGAGCGUGGGAAAAGUGGGGAGUUUGGGGCGGGUGGGGGAGGCUGGGAGAGGGGGGGCCGGAUGGGGUGUGGUAGCAGGAGGGAGAGUGACAGUGGGGUGGUGGGAGGAGAGGGAAGGAUGGGAGAGUGUGGAGGGAGAGGAGGGGAGGGAGCAGGAUUAGUUGCAGGAGGAAGGGCGGGAGGAGGAGCGGGGGCACUGGUUGAUAUAAACACAACGACCCCGUUCCCUUUUCGAAAAGGGUCGCACAUAUUCUCACCUUCAUCUGUCCAGAGGCCAGGAGUCCACAGCAAAGGGUGCAAUGGCAGUGGUGGUGGUAGUGGGAUUGGUGACUGCAGCGACAGCAGGACUAGCGGUGAUCCUUGUUCCGACUUGAAAUGUGGCGGUGACAGCUGCGGGCGGCUAAGACCUGCUGCGAGACGAUCCUCGCCGUCCAUUUCGUGCCGCACUGCGCACAUGCCUGCGAGUAGAUUGGACUUUAGUGACAGUGGUGCUAGUGGUGAUGGCGAUGGCGGGGGGGGUGAUGUCAUUGCAGUCAGCUGUGGCAGCAGUGAGGGCAGUGCUGCCAGAGAGCCACAGAUUUCAACCACAGCGCAAGAGAUUCCAGAUAAUGCCGACAUGGCAUCUGCAGGCCAAGGCACGGAACAGUUCCCUCCGCCGCCUCUCUUCCCUUCAGCCUCUUCCUCUCAUCCUCCCCUUUCCGUCCUGUCACCUGUUCCUGAAGCUGAAGACCCCAUCUCCCCUGAUUCUGCUCCUCCUUCCGCCACCGCUGCUGUAGCCAGAACCACGUCAUCACCAUCCCCCUCCACGUCAUCAGCAUUCCUUUCCACGUCAUCACUCUCCCACGACAGCUCAUCCAUAGCACCUGCUGACGCCAGCAGGACCCUACAGCUUCCCCACCUCCGUUCCCCUGCCAUCUCAGCAGCAGAAGAUCCUCUAGAAGAGCCAUUCAAUGCACCUGCCCCAGAUCUACCUUCCCCAGUAACACCCUCCCCUUGCACUGCCGGCUCACAUAGUACCGCCCUGUGGUCGCCCCACACCCCCAGGGACUUCGAAUCUUCAAUCAACUCCUCCCCCCAGGCGGCCCCCCUUUCCCCUCGAGCACCCCCCUCUGCUGAAACCUCUCCCUGUAAUGGGUCACCCUGUAACGGGUCACCCUCUAAUGAAUCACCUUCUAAAGCGUCACCCUCCACUCCUCCCUCUAACAGGUUUCCUCCUUGUGAGAGCGGUGGUGGUGGUGAUAAAGGUGUUGGUGGCAGUGCCAGUGUUGUCAGUGGCAGUGGUCGUCGUACUGUUCUCUCCCGCCGGCCCCGAGCCCCUCCCCCUUCCCCUGCCCUCUCUGCUCCUGCCUCCCCCGCCCCUCCCUGCUCUCCCGCUCCUCCCCGUUCCCCUAUCCCCCCUCGCUCUCCAAUCCCUCCUCGCUCCCCUGCUCCCCGUUCCCCUGCUCCCCCACGUUCCCCCAUUCCCCCCCGCUCCCCUGCUCCCCCACGUUCCCCUGGCCCCUACCGCCGGUCUUCUGCUGGUGCUGCCCUCUCGCCCCGCCUCGUGCGCUCUCCUGCUCGCUUCAACCCACGCUCUCCUUCCCUCACUAGCGCCCGCUCGCCUUUCCUUAGUAGAAUUUGUGAGAAGACCGCUGCAACCGACGAGACAGACCGACAAGCAGCAGCUGCAGCAGCUGGGGACGCUGCUCUGGAAGCUGCUGGGGAAGCUGCUGGGAAAGCUAUUGCUAAAGCAUCAGCACGAGGAGACACAAGCCCAAUAGAAAUAGCCCCCUCCAACCCGCGUCACGCACCCGCGUCCAUCAGCAAAUCCGCAGCCAAAGCCGCUGCAUGGAGGGCAUCUCUGGGUGGGUUACCCUCGCGCCUGAGCAUGAAGAUCCGCGGAGUGAGGAAGUCAGCGCAGGGGGACGAGGAGCUGAGGGAGCAGGUGCAGCGGUGGGAUGGGAUGAUGAGAGAGGAGGCGGGGCGGAUUUGCAGGGCGGCGGCAGUGCCGUUUGUGACCGGGUUCAUGGAAGCGAGUGGCGGGGGCGGCGCACACAGCCUGGUGGAUGCUUAUGAGUUAAAGGUUCGCCUGCACCACCUCUUAGAGCGCUGGGGGCUGGUGCAGGACUCGAUGGCGACAGAGCGCCCCUCACUCGUCCUCCCCCAUCUCUACCUCGGGUCCGCCAUUGCCGCGCGCUCCUUCCCCCUACUGCACCACCUGGGCGUGCGCCAUGUGGUCACACUCUGCCCCACCGACCUGCUGGACCCUGAUGCGGAACAGUCCCCCCUCUUCAACUACCUCGUGCUGCCGGUGGGUUGA